CACGUUGGACGACGUUUGAGAAAAUUAAGAAUAAAUUCGGAUCCAAUGCCCAAUAUUCUGUCCACUGACUCUCAAUAGAAUUAAGAAUUUCCUGGCGCCAACGCCCAUCCAUUUCCUCCCUUGGUUUUAUUUCAAACUUCUCUAUAAAAUCUGCUGUUCUAACCCCAAACAACCAUAAAACAUGUCUCCUAUUAUUAACAUCAACGACUUGCUCCGGAUCUUCAACAAGCUCGACAAGAACCGCGAUGGCCUCAUUUGUCUACACGAGCUCAGCUGGCUCCUCGACACGAUCGGCGUCGAGCUAACCAUGGAGGACUUGCACUCAUUUCUAGAGAAACCAAGCCUCGACUUCAACGAGUUCUUGUUCUUUUAUGAAUCGAUAUCAAAGCAAAACAAAGGCGAGUGCAAGGGAGGUGUGAGCGAUGUCAACGCAAGAGAGGAUGAUGUCGACAUUGUAUAUAUGGCGUUUAAAGUGUUCGAUAUGAACGAUGAUGGCUUCAUUUCUUGCGAGGAGCUCCAACAUGUGUUGUCAAGACUAGAGAUUUGGGAUGUAAACAGAAGUGGUAUUGAUUGUAAAAGUAUGAUCCGAGCUUAUGAUACCAAUUUGGAUGGGAUGCUCGAUUUCGAGGAGUUUAAGAACAUGAUGUCGUUGACAAGUUCUUGAUUCACUUUUAGCUCGUAAUGUUGCUUUGUUUGAGAAGCGGUGUGUUUCGUGUCCAAGUUAUUUCAUAAGAAAUUUUUUUC